AUGUCUGCCGCCCAGCGCCACAGACGAGUCUACCAGGCAUGUGAGCCUUGUCGGGAGAAGAAGGCGGAAUCGCCCCUUGAAAGGAACUUCAGUAGGUCUCAAGGUCCAGAGGAUGUGUCAAGAAGGGCAAUUGGGACUCAAAAUUCUCCCAAUUUGGGUAAUCAAACUGGGAGUCAAACGUUGCCGGAAGAUCGGCAUGCUGCAUCUGCGCUGCUUGAAGGCCACCCUCGCACUUACCAUGACGCCUUGACUCUCCUUUCUGAGGCUUGUGAACACACUGAGGGCCGCGGGCAAAAUGAAGCUUCGGCUCCCUCUACAACCCAUCCAGGAAUCAGUACGGAUCCAUUCGAAUCUGCUGACACAACCAACCCGGACGCCAGAGCCAGCAAGAUCGGCACACGGGAUGCGUUGAGGGCGUGGUCAAGUGUGCGCUUCGUUCGUGGCGGGCUUUUCACUGCAGAAGAAGCUCUCGACAUGGUAGAUCAUUUCUACAAGUUCCAGUCAGCCUUCUCCCCCGUGGUUCCAGAGUGCUUUCAAGAUCACUCACAACAUGCGGCACUGAUCGAGGAAGAGCCAAUAUUGACAAUCACAAUAUUGAUGAUUGGAUCACGGUAUCGAAAAUGGACAGGUCCCGCUGCAGUUGCCCGCUCUUACAUUGUGCAUGACCGUAUUUGGAGAUAUCUGCAGCGAAUGAUCUCACGAUUGUUUUGGUCGGAUGAUCUGUUUGUAGGCGAGUUUCCAUCUCUGCGCGACCCAUCCGGGGGCCCUGGGCAUACCCAGCGACAACUACACACCGAAGGGUGGUCGCAUGGAUUCCGCACUCUGGGAACUUGUGAGGCUUUAUUGUUGCUACUGGAUUGGCAUCCUCGAGCUCUACAUUUCCCUCCCCCCGACGAGGAUACUUCGUCGAUUGUGGUUUCGGAACCGAAGAGGCGGCGUAAAGUGGCUUCCGCCCCUGCAUUCCAAGGACCGGGGUCUGGGCACGAUUGGCUUGCUCGCUCCGAUCGAUUAUGUUACUCCAUGCUCUCCAAUGUGCUGAUGCUGGCAACUGAGAUCGGUAUUUUCAACGAAGAACAUAAUUCUUUUCAAGAACAAAGGAUUGAGAGCGAUCCCUCAAAGGAAGCUAGCGACCAACAAAGGUUUCAUCGCAUCCAGUGUCUGAUAUGGGUUUAUGCGACACAACAACCAGGCAGACCAGGGCGAAAGAUUCCGAUACACUGCACGCCUGUCAAAAAUACUAUCAUCAAACUUGACGACGCCACUGAAUGUUGGAUGCGCGUGGCAACUAUCAUGAAGAAGGCAAAUGAGCUUUUGUUUGCAUCCUCCAAGUACACAGAGGACAUUAUUCGGAGCGGGCACUACACCCACCUCCUUCGCAGUCUCGAGCCUCUAUUGAGUGAAUCUCUUGUCUAUUUUGACAAUGCAAAACUUGCGAAGCAAACGAGAUGUAUCUUGACAAUUGAGUACGAGUACGCCCAGCUAUGCAUUUUCAGCGUCGCGUUGCAGGCUGUGAUCAAUCGAAAUUCGCGCAAUGGCGUCAGUGGCAGACUAGAGAGUUGCCCGGCAGAUACUUCAGCGGAAGAAAAUAAGUAUCUGUCGUUUACUGUUCGGGCAGCCCGGAUGAUUUUAAAGACCGUACUAGAUGACCUUCUCCCCGCCGGAAGUCUGAAAUACAUACCAGUGCGCUCAUACUCGAGAAUUCUCGGAGGAACACUGAUUUUUUUGAAGUGUUGCGCGGCCGGGACGAGCGGGGUUGAUAUCUCUCAAUCCCUUGAUAUGGUCUUCCGAGUCGCGGAUGGCCUUCGUGACUCUGCAGUCGAUGACACACACCUCAGUUCCCGCUGGGGGGACCUUAUAGAAGGUAUCGCCAAUCGUCUCAAAUCACGUCUGGCAUGUCCACCUAUAUCUCAGGCGCACGGCGUCAACUCUUCGCCGUCUGCAGCUGAGAUGGAUACUUCCCACGGUGCCAAUGACCAAACCUUUCGACCGCAAUACUCUAUUGGUUGUUCUAUCGGCCAAACCCGAGAAGCUAGGCCUGAAAAUGAGCCAAUCGAUCCCUUUGAUCCCGGGCCAUCGAGAUCUGUUGAUGGUAAACGUGAUCCUCAUCUUGAUGCUUGGUCCAUGUGGUGGGACGAUCAAUUCUCUCAGGUGAAUCUUAACCACAUGUCGUGGUAUCCCACACUGGGUCUUCUGGACGGUAGCGAUUUAUCACUUUCGGGCGAAACCACAGGCGGCGCUUUUUCAAAUUCCGGAUCUUUCUAUUAA